UUGUGGAGGAGCCGGAGGAGCGCUGCACUGUUCUGCGCACUGGUUCCGCUGGACAUCACCGAAUAACGGCGCUCGACAACCGGGUGGUGGUGGAGGGGGAGACUGGACCCGGACCCGGAGCAGGAGCAGGAGAAGCACCGUGGCUCUUUACAGCCCGCUCUCCGAAAACAUGUCGGAGUUUUUUCUACUCGCCUUUCUAGCCCUGUUCUCGGGAUUAUUUCCGUGCGCCGAGCCCUCGACGGUGUCGGACGAGGAGAAAGACAUCUUGUGUGACGUAGGGGAAUUUCACUGUCACAACCAUGACACCUGCGUCCCCGAGGACUGGCUUUGUGACGGCGAGCCCGACUGCCCCGAUGAGUCCGACGAAACCGAUCACGUGUGUGCACGAGAGGUGGUGAUCAGAUGUCCCCUGAAUCACAUACAGUGUACCGGGACAAAAAAAUGCAUCCACUUCAACAAACUGUGUAACGGGGCUCGAGAUUGUGAAGACGGCUACGAUGAAGGAGUUCACUGUCGAGAGCUGCUGUCAGCCUGCCACGAGCUCCGGUGCCGCUAUGGCUGCGUCAUGACUAGAAACGGCACCUUCUGUUUCUGUGCUGACGGCUUUGAGGUUGGGGAGGACGGGACGAGCUGCAGAGAUCAUGAUGAAUGUGCCAUGUAUGGAGCAUGCAGCCAAACCUGCACCAACACCUACGGGUCAUACAGAUGCAGCUGCACAGAAGGGUACAUCCUGCAGCCCAACAGGAUAUCGUGCAAAGCCAAACAAGAUCCUGGCGACAGCCGGCCAGCGCUUCUCAUCGGUGGCUCAGAUCGCAUCGUCGUCACCCAUCUAAAUGGGAGCGGCCUUCAGCCGCUCAGGUCCUUGAGGAUAAAUGGGACGCUGGCUCUGGAUUUCCAGCAGAACCAGGAAAGUGUGUGCUGGGUGCUGUCUUCAGAGUCCUCUGGGCAGCUCCGCUGUGCUGUAACAAGGAGCCUGCGUGGAUUCACACGGGAACAGGAAAUACGAACUCAACAAAGUUUGCAGCAUGUGGAGCAGAUGGCGAUUGACUGGCUGACAGGAAACUUUUAUUUUGUCGACCGCGUCACUGACAAGAUCUUUGUCUGUGACCGCGGCGGUGACACGUGCGUUACCGUCCUACAGCUGGACCUGCUCAAUCCUAAAGGCAUAGCUCUGGAUCCUCUCAUGGGAAUGCUCUUCUUCACUGACUAUGGGAACGUGGCCAAGGUCGAGCGCUGUAACAUGGACGGCACCAACCGGACCCGGCUGGUCGAUUAUAAAAUCGAGCAACCCACUGCUGUGGCGCUGGAUGUGGUCAAGAAGCUGGUGUAUUGGGCCGAUGCCUACCUGGAUUACAUCGACGUGGUGGAUUACCAGGGCAAGAACAGGCACACCAUUAUCCACGGCAGCCAAGUGUCGUACAUUUAUUCAUUAGCUGUGUUUGAGGACUACCUCUAUGCUAUCCACUCUGACCCUUCCAAAGGGAGUUCCUCUGCAGAGCUGCUGCAGAUCCACAGGUUCAACAUCACAGCAGACAGCAGGACGCUCGCCAGCCUGGGGAAUUCUAAAGGACUGCGGGUUUAUCAUAAACUCACUCAGCCCAAAGUCAGAAGUCAUGCGUGUGAAAUGGAUUCAUACGGAAAGCCGGGCGGCUGUUCACACAUCUGCCUUCUGAGCGGCAGCUACAAGUCCAGGACCUGCCGCUGCCGUAUGGGCUACAGCCUGGGCUUCGAUGGAAUGUCCUGUAAAAAGCCCAAAAACGAUAUCUUCCUGUUCUACGGUAAGGGGCGUCCGGGAGUCAUCCGAGGCCUGGACAUGAACAUCAAGUCCAGUGACGAGCACAUGGUGCCGAUCGAAGACCUGGUCAACCCUCGAGCCAUCGACUACCACGCAGAGCUGGGACACGUCUACUUUGCUGACACCACCAGUUUCCUGAUUGGGCGGCAAAAAAUAGAUGGAAGCAGCAGAGAGACUAUACUGAAAGAUGAACUUGACAACGUUGAAGGAAUCUCAGUGGAUUGGAUUGGGAAUAACUUGUAUUGGACCAACGAUGGGUACAGGAAGACGAUCAGUGUUGCCAGGCUGGACAGAGCUUCCCAGACCAGGAAGACUUUGCUGGAAGGCAAUAUGUCUCACCCCCGGGCCAUUGUGGUGGAUCCUCUGAACAGCUGGAUGUACUGGACAGACUGGGAGGAAGAUGAGGUCAACGACAGCAUAGGGCGGAUAGAAAAGGCCUGGAUGGAUGGAUCCAACCGCCGCAUAUUCGUCACCUCCAACAUGCUGUGGCCCAACGGGCUGACGCUGGACCACAGCAGCAGCACGAUGUACUGGUGCGACGCCUACUACGACCACAUCGAGAAGAUUCACCUAAAUGGGACAGGAAGAAUGGUGGUGUACAGCGGGAAAGAACUAAACCAUCCGUUCGGAAUCUCUCAUUACCGCAAUUUCAUCUUUUGGACCGAGUACAUGAACGCUUCGGUGUUCCAGCUGGACUUGACCAACGGUGAUAUCACUCUGUUGCGGAGCGAGAGGCCGCCGCUGUUCGGCUUGCGUGUCUACGAUGCGCAGAGUCAGCAAGGUGACAACGCAUGUAGUUUGAAUUAUGGGGGCUGUACUACCCUCUGCCUCGCCAUCCCAGGAGGGAGAGUGUGUGCCUGCGCUGACAACCAAGUUCUGGAGAAGAACAAUGUCACCUGUGCAGAAGCUUCCAGCAGUAGUUUAGAGCCACAGCGAUGCAAAAGUGAUGAGUUCCAGUGCCGUAAUCAGCGGUGCAUUCGGGCCUUGUGGAAGUGUGACGGAGAUGAUGACUGUCUGGAUGGGAGUGACGAGGAGAUCCAGAGCUGCUACAACCACACUUGUCCCCUCAAUCAGUUCAAAUGCAGCAACAAUCGCUGCAUCCCCAAACGAUGGCUCUGCGAUGGGACAAACGACUGUGGCAACAACGAGGACGAGUCCAACAACACCUGCUCAGCCCAGCCCUGUCAGGCAGACCAGUUCUCCUGCCAGAACGGACGAUGUAUACCUCGCAGUUGGAGCUGUGAUCGGGAGGACGACUGUGGGGAUAAGUCUGAUGAAAUAUCAUGCGUUUUCCCCACCUGUGAGCCCGUCACCCAGUUCAGCUGCUCCAGUGGACGAUGCAUCAGUGUGGAGUGGCACUGCGAUUCAGAUGACGACUGUGGAGACGGCAGCGAUGAAGUGGGCUGCAUCCAGUCUUGCUCCAAUACCCACUUCCAGUGCUCUAAUGGCCGCUGUAUCCCCGACCACUGGGCCUGCGACGGCGACAACGACUGUGGUGACCUCAGCGACGAGACCUUAACCUGCAGAGGUGGACCUGCAUUGUUGCCGCCGGUGAUCGAGUGCAGUGCCGAGGAAUUCCACUGCGUCACCGACGGGACCUGCAUCCCGGAGCGCUGGAGCUGCGACGGCGAUAAGGACUGUGAGGACGGGAGCGAUGAGAAGGACUGCGAGGGCACGAAGAGGAUGUGUGACCCCAAGGCUAAGUUCACCUGCAAAGAUACAGGCAAGUGCAUCACAAAGAGCUGGGUGUGCGACGGGGACAUCGACUGUGAGGACCGCUCGGAUGAAGAGUCGUGCGAGUCGGCUGCGUGUAAGCCGCCCAAGUACCCGUGUGCCAACGACUCCUCGGUCUGCCUCACACCCGAUAAGAUCUGCAACGGCAAAGUGGACUGUGCGGAUCGCUCCGACGAAGGACCCAUCUGUGAUUUGUGCCUUGUAGCCAGAGGGGGCUGCAGUCACCAGUGCACGGUGGCACCGGGCAAAGGAGUUGUGUGUUCGUGUCCCCCUGGGCUUCACCUGGACUCCAGCAACAAGACGUGUGAGGUGGUGGACUACUGCAGCCGUCACCUGAAGUGCAGCCAAGUGUGUGAGCAGUACAAGACCACAGUGAAGUGUUCCUGUUAUCCAGGAUGGAUGCUCGACUCGGACGGUGACAGCUGUCACAGCACAGAUCCCUUUGAGGCUUUCGUCAUUUUCUCGAUCCGGCACGAGAUACGACGAAUAGACCUUCACAAACGAGACUACAGCCUGCUGGUGCCAGGACUGAGGAACACCAUCGCGUUAGACUUCCACUUCAACCACAGCCUCCUUUACUGGACAGACGUGGUGGAAGAUAAGAUCUACAGGGGGAAGCUCUCAGAGUCUGGAGGGGUAACGGGAAUCGAGGUGGUCGUGCAGCACGGCCUGGCCACUCCGGAGGGUCUGGCUGUGGACUGGAUCACUGGGAAGCUGUACUGGAUCGACAGCAAUCUGGACCAGAUCGAGGUGGCCAAGCUUAACGGAGAAAUGCGCACUACGCUCAUAGCCGGAGGGAUGGAGCAUCCGCGGGCCAUCGCUCUCGACCCGGGACAGGGGAUCCUCUUCUGGACCGACUGGGAUGCUACUUUCCCCCGAAUCGAGGCUGCAUCAAUGAGCGGAGGAGGCAGACACAUCGUGUUUAAGGACAUGGAGAUUGGAGCCUGGCCUAACGGACUAACGCUGGACCAUUUGGAAAAGAGAAUUGUUUGGACCGAUGCACGCUCCGACGCCAUUUUCUCUGCCCUCUACGAUGGUACGGGCGUCAUCGAGAUCCUCAGGGGCCACGAAUACCUGUCCCACCCCUUCGCCGUGUCUCUCUUUGGGGGCAGUGUUUACUGGACGGACUGGAGGACGAACACUUUAGCGAGAGCCAAUAAGUGGACCGGACAAAAUGUGACGGUCAUCCAGAAGACGAGUGCUCAGCCUUUUGACUUGCAGAUCUUCCACCCCAGCCGGCAACCGCAAGUUCCUAACCCGUGUGAGAAGAACGAUGGACGUGGUCCUUGUUCACAUCUGUGUCUCAUCAAUUACAACCGCACAGCCUCCUGCACCUGCCCACACCUCAUGAAGCUUUCCACCAACAAACAGUCCUGCUUUGAGCUGAAAAGGUUCCUCCUGUAUGUGCGGCGGUCCGAAAUCCGUGGCGUGGACAUUGACGACCCUUACAUGAACGUCAUGACGGCUCUGACGGUGCCAGAUAUCGAUGAUGUCACCGUGGUGGACUACGAUUCCCAGGAGGAGAGGAUCUACUGGGCCGACAUCAAAACUCAAACGAUCAAACGAGCGUUCAUCAACGGCACCCAGCUCGAGACUGUCAUCUCCUUAGAUAUAGUCAACUGCCGCGGUCUGGCUUUAGACUGGCUUUCCAAGAACUUAUACUGGCUGAGCUCUGAAAACGACGAGUCCCAAAUCAAUGUGGCUCGCUUUGAUGGGUCCCUAAAGACGUCCAUCAUCCACGGCAUUGAUAAGCCAAGGUGCCUUGUAGUGCACCCUGCCAAGGGGAAAAUGUACUGGACAGACGGCAACACCAUUAACAUGGCCAGCAUGGAUGGGAGCAACAGCAAGGUGCUCCACCAGAAUCAGAGGGACCCUGUAGGCCUCUCGAUAGACUACGCUGCCAACAAGCUGUACUGGAUAAGCUCGACCAACGGGACCAUCAACAGGUGCAAUCUGGAUGGCAGUGGGCUGGAGGUGCUCGAGACUGUAAAGAGGGAGUUAGCCAAAGGCACAGCUCUGGCCGUGAUGGGUGGAAAACUCUGGUGGGCAGAUGAGGAAUCAGGACGGCUGGGAACGGUCACCAAGAGAGACGGGCGCAACCUUGUUGUUUUGAGAAAUAAGACGGGCGGGGUGGUUCACAUGAAGGUGUACGACAGGGACAGCCAGAAAGGAAGAAAUCAGUGCCAAGUAAACAACGGAGGAUGCUCGCAGCUGUGCUUCCCAACUUCAGAGAACACCCGCAGCUGCUCCUGCACCGUUGGCUACAACUUGCGUAGCGAUCGCACGUCUUGCGAAGGUGUUGACUCAUUUCUAAUGUAUUCCAUCCAUGAGGGAAUCCGGGGAAUUGCUCUUGACCCGAAUGACAACAGCGAAGCCCUCAUGCCCAUCACAGGAACGCUUUUUGCUGUGGGAGUCGACUUUCACGCAGGGAAUGAUACUGUGUACUGGACAGACAUGGGACUGAACAGAAUAUCCCGAGCCAAACGCGACCAGACCUGGAGGGAGGACGUCAUUACCACCGGCAUCAGCCGUGUGGAAGGCAUUGCUGUUGACUGGAUCGCUGGCAACCUGUACUGGACAGACCACGGUUUCAAUCUAAUUGAAAUCUCUCGCCUGAAUGGUGCAUAUCGCUCAGUGGUCAUAUCAGAAGGACUCGAUCAGCCCAGAGCCAUCGCUGUACAUCCACAGAAGGGAUAUCUGUUCUGGACCGAGUGGGGUCAGAACCCCUGCAUCGGCCGUUCCCGCCUGGAUGGAUCAGACCAGGUUACCCUGGUCAGCUCGGGCAUCACGUGGCCCAAUGGAAUUUCCAUAGACUAUGAGGAAAAUACAUUAUAUUGGUGCGACGCACGCACGGAUAAGAUCGAGAGGAUCAACCUUGAGACCGGUGAGAGCCGAGAGAUUGUACUGUCAAUGGCCAACGUAGACCUGUUCUCCGUGGCCGUGUUUGGGCCUUACAUCUACUGGUCUGACAGGGCCCACUCAAACGGUUCAAUCCGACGAGGCUUGAAGACGGAUCCCAGUGAGGCUGUGACCAUGAGGAGCGGUCUAGGGGUUAAUUUGAAAGAUGUGACGGUCUUCACCAGAGGCAGAGAAAAAGGCACCAACCCCUGUGCCAGAAGUAACGGAGGCUGCCAGCAGCUGUGCUUCCACCUGGGCAGCGGUCGCCGGACCUGCUCCUGUGCACACGGGCGCUUGGCAGAGGAUGGCUUUGCCUGUGAGCGCUAUGAAGGUUAUCUACUCUACUCUGAAAGGACUAUCCUGAAAAGCAUCCACCUUUCUGAUGAAAAUGACCUCAACUCACCCGUGCAGCCUUUUGAAAAUCCCACUUUUUUCAAGAAUGUCAUAACGCUGGCCUUUGACUACAGUCAGGAGACAGCUGGAGCCAACCGCAUCUUUUUUAGCGAUGUCCAUUUUGGAAAUAUCCAGAUGAUUAACGACGACUGGACAGGAAGAUCCAUCAUCGCAGAAAAUGUGGGUUCAGUGGAAGGUCUGGCUUACCACAAAGGUUGGGACACUCUGUACUGGACCAGCUCCACUACAUCCACCAUCACCAGACAAACUGUGGACCAGAGUCAAGCGGGCGCCAUCAGUAGGCAAGCUGUGGUGACGCUUUCAGAGGAGGACCACCCACACGUCCUGGCCCUGGAUGAGUGUCAAAGCCUGAUGUUUUGGACCAACUGGAAUGAGCAGAGGCCAAGCAUCAUGAGAUCCACCUUAACUGGCAAAAACAUAAGGAUCGUCAUCAGCUCUGACAUCUUAACGCCCAAUGGACUGACCAUUGACCACAAAGCAGAGAAGCUCUACUUCUCAGAUGGGACCCUUGGCAAGAUUGAACGAUGCGACUAUGAUGGAUCCAGCAGAUAUGUCAUAAUUAAAUCAGGACCUGGAAACUUCUACGGGCUCGCCAUCUAUGCAGACUUCAUCUACUGGUCAGACUGGGCCCGCAGGUCUGUGCUGCGAUCAAACAAGUACACAGGCGGCGACACCAAAGUACUUAGAGCAGAUAUUCCCCACCAGCCAAUGGGAAUUAUCGCUGUGGCCAAGGAUACCAACAACUGUCAGCUGUCCCCAUGCAGACACAUGAACGGAGGCUGCGGCGACCUUUGCCUGCUGACCCCGUACGGGAGGGUCAAUUGCACUUGCCGUGGAGAGCGUGUGCUUUUAGACGACAACAGAUGUGUGUCAGAGAAUUCCUCCUGCAACAUCUACACUGAGUAUGAGUGUGGGAAUGGAGAAUGCAUCGACUUCCAGCUGACCUGUGAUGGAAUUGCCCACUGCAAAGAUAAAUCAGAUGAGAAGAUGCAAUACUGCGACAACCGGAGCUGCCGGAAGGGUUUUCGGCCCUGCUACAACCAGCGGUGCGUGGCCACUAACCGCUUCUGUGACGGGAUCGAUGACUGCGGGGAUAACUCCGACGAAGCAUUGUGUAGCAAUGUCACGUGCGGCUCAUCAGAAUCGUCGUGCAAAGACGGGAGCUGUGUGCCCAGCUCGGCGUGGUGCAACCAGGUCAUUGACUGCGCCGACGCCUCGGACGAAAAAAGCUGCAACCACACCGACUGCUCUCACUUUUACAAGCUGGGAGUGAAAGAAAAAGAUUUCAUCAGCUGCAACUCCACCUCGCUGUGCAUCCACGCCUCGUGGAUCUGCGAUGGCGCCAAUGAUUGCGGCGACUAUGCUGACGAGACCAACUGCCAGGUUUCCCAUGGGCAGAAGUGUGAGGAGGGACACUUUGCGUGUCCAAGCGGGAACUGCAUUUCCAGCGUGUGGCUGUGCGAUGGCCAAAAGGACUGUGAAGACGGAGCAGAUGAAUUCCAAUGCGACUCGUCCUGCUUGUGGAACCAGUUCGCCUGCUCCAAGAACAAGUGCAUUGCCAAGCAGUGGCUGUGCGACGGCGAGAACGACUGUGAGGACGGCCUGGAUGAGAGCGUGCAGAUCUGUGGCACGGUGACGUGUGCUCCGGGGCUGUUCAGCUGCCCCGGGUCUUAUGCCUGUGUUCCAAAACGCUGGCUGUGUGACGGGGAGAGAGACUGUCCUGAUGGGAGUGACGAACUUUCCGCUGCUGGCUGUGCACCCAACAACACAUGCGAUGACAGCUCGUUUCGCUGCCACAACAAAGCGUGCAUCCCCCAGCGAUUCGUUUGUGACCACGAUAACGACUGUGGAGACGGAUCUGAUGAGUCGGUGGAAUGUGUCUAUCGUUCCUGUGGAUCAGAGGAAUUUCGCUGUGGGGACGGGCGCUGUCUUCUCAGCUCUCAGUGGGAGUGCGAUGGUUACGCAGACUGUCCCGACCACUCUGACGAACUGCCUCUGAACCUUAAAUGUCUGGCUGCAGGAAGCUUGUGCAAUGGCUCCUUCUUCAUGUGUUCCAACGGACGCUGCAUUUCUCAGGGGAACCUUUGCGAUGGCAAAGAUGACUGCGGGGACCGAUCAGACGAGAGGAACUGCAAUGUGAACGAAUGUUUGAACCGCAGAGUCAGUGGGUGUACGCAGGACUGCCAGGACCUUCCUGUAGGCUAUAAGUGUAAAUGCUGGCCUGGUUUCUAUCUGAAGGACGAUGGCAGGACUUGUGUGGAUGUUGACGAGUGCUCCACGACACUUCCUUGCAGCCAGCGCUGCAUAAACACGUACGGCUCCUACAAAUGCCUGUGUGUGGAUGGCUACGAAGCCUUGGAGCGUAAUCCUAACACGUGCAAGGCUCUGUCAGCUGAAGAGCCCUUUCUCAUUAUGGCAGACCACCACGAGAUCCGCAAAUUGAGUGUGGAUGGCUCAAAUUACACCAUCCUGAAACAGGGCCUCUACAACAUCAUCCAUCUGGAUUUUGAUUACAAGAAAGAAUUUAUCUACUGGGUGGACUCAACCAGGCCGAGUGGUCGAAAGAUCAACAGAAUGCGCCUGAACGGGAGCGACCUGAAGAUAGUCCACAGAACAGCGGUUCCCAGUGCCUUAGCCGUGGACUGGAUCGGAAAAAAUCUGUACUGGUGCGACGCAGAAAAGAAAACGAUGGAAGUGUCCAAAGCCAACGGGCUGUACCCUACGGUGCUGAUCAGCUCGGGCCUCAAGAACCCGACAGAUCUCGCUCUGGACCCCCAGACGGGGUACAUCUUCUGGGUAGACUGCUGUGAUCCUCCUCACAUCGGGCGCAUCGGCAUGGACGGCCGAGGGCAGACGGUUAUCAUUGACACAGAGAUCUACAGCCCCACAGCUCUCACGAUCGAUUACACCAACAAGAGGCUCUACUGGGCCGACGACAACCACAUCCUGUUUGCCACCAUGGAUGGCGCUCAGAGACGCAAAGUGUCCUACGAUCACAUCCAAGGAGUAAUGGCGCUGACUUUGUUUGAGGACUUUGUCUAUUGGACUGACGGGAAGUCCAAAUCUCUGCGACGUGCUCACAAGACAACCGGCGCUCAAGGGAUCGAGCUCCUCAACUCCUGGCAAGCCAUCAAAUCCAUCAAGGUCUACCACUCCCUGCGCCAGCCCGAAGUUCCCAAGCACCAGUGUCAGAUUGCGAAUGGAGGAUGCAGCCACCUGUGUCUCCUGUCCCCCGGCGGGGAACACAAAUGUGCCUGUCCCACGAAUUUUUACUUGGCGGCCGACAACAAAACCUGCCUCUCCAACUGCACGUCCAGUCAGUUCCGCUGCGGCACAGACGAGUGCAUCCCUUUCUGGUGGAAGUGCGACACCGUGGACGACUGUGGGGACGGCUCCGAUGAGCCCGCCGACUGCCCUGAAUUCAAAUGUCAGCCCGGGCGUUUUCAGUGUGGCACCGGCCUUUGUGCUCUUCCACCCUUCAUCUGUGAUGGCGAGAACGACUGUGGCGACAAUACGGACGAAGCUAACUGUGAGACGUACAUCUGCCUGUCGGGCCAGUUCAAGUGCACAGGCAAACAGAAGUGCAUUCCUCUUAACCUGCGCUGCAACGGCCAGGACGACUGUGGCGACGGAGAGGACGAGACAGACUGCCCUGAAAGCACCUGCUCCCCAGACCAGUUCCAGUGCAAAGCCUCCAUGCACUGCAUUUCCAAACUGUGGGUUUGUGAUGAGGACCCUGACUGUGCAGAUGGGUCAGACGAGGCGGACUGUGAUGAAAAGACCUGCGGACCUCAUGAAUUCCGCUGCGAGAAUAACAACUGCAUCCCCGACCACUGGAGGUGUGACAGCCAGAACGACUGUGGAGACAACUCAGACGAGGAGAACUGCAAGCCCGUCACCUGUAACCACAAGGACUUUGCCUGCGCCAACGGAGACUGCAUCUCCUCCCGAUUCCGCUGUGACGGAGACUACGACUGCUUGGAUAAUUCAGAUGAGAAAGGCUGUGAGGCACACUGCUCAGAUGACCAGUUUCGCUGUCACAACAACCUGUGCAUCUCGAUGAAGUGGCUGUGUGACGGACAGGAAGAUUGCAAGAUGGGUGAAGAUGAAAAAAACUGCCAGGAAACAGUUGUGCCGUCCUGCUCGGUCAACGAGUACGUGUGCACCAGCGGCGGCUGCGUGUCGGCCAGCCUGCGCUGUGACGGACACGACAACUGCCUGGACGGCUCGGAUGAGAUCGGCUGUGUGAAGGAGUGCAGAGAAGACGAGUUCCUGUGUCUGAAUCGGGCCCACUGCAUCCCUCGGCGCUGGCGCUGCGACGACGUGCUGGACUGCAUGGACCACAGCGAUGAAGAAAACUGCGGCCAGGCAGCCUUCUUCUGCCGAGCUGAUGAAUUCAUUUGCAACAACACCUUAUGCAAACUCCACACGUGGGUGUGCGACGGCAAGGAUGAUUGUGGAGAUAACUCUGACGAGGACGCAGACAUGUGUGCGAAGCUUCCCUGCCCCCCCACGAGGCCGUUCCGCUGUCGAAACGAUCACGUGUGUCUGCGCACGGACCAGGUCUGCAACAAAGUGGAUGACUGCGGCGACAACUCGGAUGAAGAAGAGUGUGCAGAGGUCGUGGCUGGAAGACCUCGGCCCUGUGGGAAGACCGAGUUUUCCUGCAGUAACCGACGCUGUGUCCCGAUCCAGCUGCAGUGCGACCUGUUCAGUGACUGCGGGGACGGCGGCUCAGAUGAGCAAGACUGCAAGGCAUUUUCCAGUGGAGAUGUAUGUGGAAAGAAAACCAAUCCGUGUGGAGAGGACGCCAUCUGCAACCAGACAAAUGCUAAUUCUAUAUGUCAGUGCAAACCUGGCUUCAAGAGGAAUCAGAAGACGGGCCAGUGUGAAGAGAUAAAUGAAUGUCUGCAGUUUGACGCUUGUCCUCAUUACUGCGCGAACACCAAAGGAUCCUAUAAAUGCUCAUGUGACCGGAAUUUUAAGGAGAUCAACGGCAACUGUGUAUGCUCAGACUUCCGGCGACCCCGAGAUAUUUCUGCUGAUUGGAUUACAGGAAACAUUUAUUGGACCGAUCACUCCCGGAUGCACUGGUUUAGUUAUUACACAGCCCACUGGACUAAAUUACGAUAUUCCAUAAAUGUGGGCCAACUUAAAGGACCAAACUGCACCCGCCUGAUUACUGAUAUAGCUGGAGAGCCGUACGCCAUCGCUGUCAACCCCACCAGGGGAAUGAUGUACUGGAGCGUGAUCGGUGAUCAUUCUCAGAUCGAGGAAUCAGCCAUGGACGGCUCACUGCGCAGAGUGAUGCUGGAGAAAAACCUGAGGAGACCCACUGGGCUGGCCAUUGAUUAUUUCAACCAGCGUAUUUACUGGGCUGAUCCUGAGCUCUCGCAGAUAGGGAGCAUGAGAUUGGAUGGCUCGGACCCUCUGGUGACAAUCAGCGACAGACACGGACCCAAUCCAUGCUCCAGAAUGUCCUGUGAUUUCAUGUGUUUGCUCAACCCGACUGGUGCCAGGUGCACCUGUCCAGAGGGGAAGGUGCUGGUGAACGGCACCUGCAAUGAUGUCAACGUCUCAGGUGAACUGUGCCGCCCCCCCUGUGAGAAUGGAGGCCGCUGCUUAGCCAAUGAGAAAGGAGACUGGAGGUGCUACUGCUGGCCUGACUUUUCAGGGGAGCGUUGUGAGGUCAACCACUGCACAGACUACUGCCUAAACGGAGGCACCUGCAUGGGCUCGCCACUGGGAAAGCCCACGUGUCGCUGUCCUGUCGGAUUCUCAGGGCCUUUUUGUGAGAAAAGGAUUUGUGACAAUUACUGUUUAAAUGGGGGAACGUGCGACGUCACUCACGGGAACCAGCCGGUGUGCCGCUGCAUGGCCGAGUAUACCGGGGACCGCUGUCUUUAUCACAUUUGUCAUCACUACUGCGUGAACUCCAAGGCCUGCACUUUAUCCAGCAGCGGCUACGUGGAGUGUGUGUGUCCCGCCAGGUUUGAAGGGAACAAGUGCGAGGUGGACAAGUGUCUCCGAUGCCACGGAGCUCCUUGCCUCAUUAACGAGGAGACGGGAGAAGUGGUUUGCAACUGCACAAAUGGCAGAAUAGCACCGAGCUGUCAGCUGUGUGACGGAUAUUGCUACAAUGGAGGUACCUGCCACCUGGACCCUGACACCAACCUGCCUUUCUGUCAAUGUUCAGCCAAUUGGGCAGGAACACAGUGUGAGAGACCCGCCCCUAAAAGCAGCAGAUCAGACAAUAUGAGCGGAGGGAGCAUCGCUAUCAUUGUGCCUCUGGUCCUGCUGGUCAUCCUGAUUGUGAUGGUCGUAGCAGGUGUUUAUAUCUGCCGCCGGAGGCAAAGGGGCAAGCGUGUGCAGAGGCAGCCCAUGACCAACGGAGGGAUAAACGUGGAAAUUGGGAACCCGUCAUACAACAUGUAUGAAGUGGACCACGACAACCACGCUGAUGCAGGCAGCCUGCUGCGCCCAAACUUCACACUUGACCCUCAUAAGGGCUGGUGUGUAAAAUCCAGCGACCCUCACACCUUGGGCAUGAAUUCUGUACCCAAGGAGGUAAUCCCUGGACAGCCCAUGAACUACUCCAAUCCAGUGUAUGCAAAGAUCUACAUCGACGGGCAAAACUGCCGGAAGCCAGUCAUCAGCAUCGAUGAGAGGAGAGAGCUACUCCCAAAGAAACUCGAGGGGACAAUUCAUGAAACCGCCGCAUAGCCUAACUUUACACUUUGUACUUCUUUUUUUACCACAGUGUAAUAUGACGGAGGAAACAGGAUUUUUCUAUUUCCUAUGAGGCUCUUAGGUUUUACUGGUUUAGCAUCAGCAUAAUGUCCUCGUCGCUGUGCUGAAGACUUUGAUUUUCCACUUAUGGUUUGCUUUCUGUUUGUCAGAGAUCCAUUAUACAGCGCUGUCAGUAUACUGUAUGACACUGAAGUAAAGCUGCUGAUUUGCAAAAACUUUAUUAACACCUGAAGCCACACUUGUGCACAGUUAAAAUGCAGUGCUAGAGUUUGUACCCAUACCUGUUUGUAGUUCUAGAGGAAAACGGUUUGGCUUUGUGGAGACGAUGAGGGGAAGGGCCGGCUCAUUUUAUCUGGGAAAAAAAGUAUGUAUAGUAGAGAAGAGUUGCGUGGGUUUUUCUGUUGUUGUUAUUUCAUCUGACAUAUGGACCGGAGAGCUUCACAAACGACAAGUGGAGCUUGAUUCCUUUUAUUUGCAUCCCUGUACCUGACAGCUCUGCUCCGGCAGUGGACACAAUAAUAUCAACACAAUCGUUUCUCAGACAUUAUCUCCGUCUUUCUCAUUUCCACGGAUUUCAAUCUUCAGUCGCCUGUUUCAGCAGUAAUAUGACGUACAAACGUAUCUGAGAGAUAUUGAAGCCCACCCUGAAUGUUUUCCGAUCAGAUUCCCAGAUCCCGUACUGUACGCUGAAAAGACAGAAUAUCAUAUUUUUCUAGGUCUCAUAUAUCAACAAAUGGAUUAAAGAUGGAGAGAAGAAAGAGAUUUACCACAGCUACAAAAACCGUUACUAAGAGUUAUUAUAAAACACAUCUGUUACUUCAGAAAAGGAAGAUGAUAAAUAUAAGAAAUUUUAUAAUUUUGUAUUUGAUUUGUAUGUUGUUUGGCUGCUUGUAUUUUGGAAGAAAUGUAUUAAAUGUAAGUAAUUUUUAUAUAAAAUGUAAAUCGAUAUUGAAUAAAGGGGGCUUAUUUCCA